AGUUUAAGCUCCCAGUAGACUCAGUAGGAAGAGAGCGCUACGAUGGGCCCGGUUGCGCUCCUGGUGCUCUGUCUCUCCUGUUUGCUUCUCCUGUCGCUGUGGAUACAGAGCUCUGGAAGAAGGAAACUUCCACCUGGCCCUACUCCUCUCCCAAUUAUUGGAAACUUACUCCAGCUAGAUGUGAAGAACAUCAGCAAGUCCUUAAGCAAUCUCUCAAAAGUCUACGGCCCGGUGUUCACUGUGUACUUUGGCAUGAAGCCCACGGUGGUGCUGCAUGGAUAUGAGGCCGUGAAGGAAGCUCUGAUCGACAAGGGCGAGGAGUUUUCUGGAAGAGGCAGUUUCCCAGUGGCUGAGAAAGCUAACCAAGGGUUUGGAAUCAUUUUCAGCAAUGGAAAGAGAUGGAAGGAGAUCCGGCGCUUCUCCCUCAUGACCCUGCGGAAUCUGGGCAUGGGGAAGAGGAACAUUGAGGACCGUGUUCAAGAGGAAGCCUGCUGCCUAGUGGAGGAGUUGAGGAAAACCAAUGCAUCACCCUGUGACCCCACUUUUAUCCUGGGCUGUGCUCCCUGCAAUGUGAUCUGCUCCAUUAUCUUCCAGAAGCGUUUUGAUUAUAAAGAUAAAGUUUUUCUAAACAUAAUGGAAAGGUUUAAUGAAAAUGUCAAGAUUCUGAACUCUCCAUGGAUUCAGAUCUACAACAAUUGCCCUACUCUACUGGACUAUUUCCCAGGGAGUCAAAACAAAAUAUUUAAAAAUGUUGAUUUUAUAAAAAGUUAUGUUAUAGAGAAAACAAAGGAACAUCAAGCAUCCCUGGACAUUCACAAUCCUCGGGACUUUAUUGAUUAUUUCCUGAUCAAAAUGGAGCAGGAAAAGCACAAUCCGCACGGGGAGUUCACUAUUGACAACUUGACAAUCACCGUGUCUGAUUUCUUUGGAGCUGGGACAGAGACGACGAGUACCACGCUGAGAUAUGCUCUCCUGCUCCUGCUCAAGCACCCGGAGGUCUCAGCUAAAGUCCAGGAAGAGAUUGACCGUGUCAUUGGCAGAGAGCGGAGCCCCUGCAUGCAGGACAGGAGCCACAUGCCCUACACGGAUGCCAUGGUGCAUGAGGUCCAGAGACACCUUAACUUCCUCCCCACCAACCUGCCCCAUGCGGUGACCUGUGAUGUUAACUUCAGAAACUACCUCAUCCCCAAGGGCACAACUAUUAUAACAAAUCUGACUUCUGUGCUGCGAGAUGACAAAGAAUUCCCCAACCCAGAGAAGUUUGAUCCUGGCCACUUCCUGGAUGAGGAAGGCAACUUCAAGAAGAGUGACUACUUCAUGGCUUUCUCAGCAGGAAAACGGAUGUGUGCAGGAGAGGGCUUGGCCCGCAUGGAGCUGUUUUUAUUCCUGACCACCAUCUUACAGAAGUUUACCUUGAAAGCUGUGGUCGAUAUAAAGGACCUUGAUGUCACCCCAGUUAUGAAUGGCUUUGCUUCUGUGCCGCCUCCUUACCAGCUCUGCUUCAUUCCUGUGUGAAGAAGGACAGACCUUCUGUCAGCAACUCCCACUCAUCUGGGGCAUCGUUCAUCUCUUUCCCUCUCCAUCCCCUUCCUGGGGGUCCCUUCUCUGACCUCUCCUCUCCUCAUCACCUCCUUCUCUCAAGAUCCAGGAUUAUGCAGCCUCCAUGAAAGGACCAUUUCCUGAGUCUCACUGGGCAAUGGAUCUGCUCUUCUCCAUACUCUGAAACAUUUGCAUUGGCCACACGUAUGCUAACAUAAUGCUGAGUGGUACUGUGUAGCCAAUAUGAACAGAGCAAGCUGAUUACUGUGCGCCAGGACAGAGCCAUUCUCCUCUGCGUGUUCUCAAUAAAA